AUGGAAAUAAAGAGUCAACUUUAAAAUGAAAUCAAAACAAAUGAGGAACUUAAAACUUCUGAAAAUGAAAAAAUUGAGUUCAUUUGUAAAGAAUUGAAAAAUAUUUGUACUGUUUCUUACUUACUUGUUAUCCCAAAAAUUUCAUCGAAAAUGAUUUAAAAAAAGAAAAUAAUAUAAUAAAAGAGAAACAAUGAUCAUUCAAAAAAUGAAUCAAGCAUGAACUAAAAUAGAAAGACGAACCAAAAUUAUUUAGAUGAUUUUUAAGAAAACUUAGAAUCAAAGAUAAACCUCAUUAAUGAUCUCGAAUCAAAAUUACUUUACUUAAAAACAAUGAUAUCCAAAAAGUGA